AUGAUCCAAUUUCUGACAUGGGAUCCUCCGAGAUUGGAAGAAAUCCAAUUUGUCUCGGCCGGAGUCAAACUCGAGGAUUCAGUUGUGCCGAAGAGAUUGGCUAUUCCAGAGCUAGGACGAGCAGAAGCCGCUGGCACACUUCCCGGAGCCGGUGCAUCCAAGGAGGGCAUCGCUCCACAAUCCAUGGAUUCCAGACCGGGACAAUUAGCAGCACUGUCUGAGAGGCGGCGGAUCUACUUCGAGGAUGUCGGUAGGAAUCGAACCCUGAGUUCCGUUAGUGGCACAUUGCUAAGAGACUAUGUCGUGCCGGAGACUUCAACGCACAAAGAGACCGCUGGACUCGCUAGCGGAUACGAGAACUAAUUGCAACGGGUUGCCACGACCGCGAUUGGCAGUCAACUGUUGAAGAUACCAUCUCCUCAGGAGCACCAUCAGCCGAUCCUCCGCAAGAAGAUCCUGAUUGGUAAUUGUUGCACGAAGUGUCCAUCUCAUUGCUCGAGGACAGCGAGUUAUCCCUCUUGGAUCAGAGAUAGGAAGAACAUCGUUAAAUCGAAUAAUGUUAAAACUAUAAAAAAUGUUCACAUCUUCUAAUUUACAACAAAUAUUCAUCGAUGAAAUCAUCGCUAUAAGAUUUACGAGUUAGAAUAAGUUUAUUUUUUUGUUAAUUAAGGAAUUCUCCACUAUUAUAUGGUUCUCCUUGACCUAAAUACCAGUUUGAAUAUUUUUCCAUAAUUCUCGAUUCAUGUCUCGCCAGGCUUUCUUUCACCUCGUGCAUCUUACCUUUGGUCUUCCUUCUGUUUCCAGUCCCAUAUACAGACCGUUCUUUGAGCAUUUUCUCUAAUUUCCAUACACUAUCGAAAACUGAUUCCAACUAUUUAAACAUACACACUGUUUUAACACUUAUUUCGUUUUAUCGGCCUAUUGCCAAUUGAAUAGGUAAAAGAUUAAUCUAUCGUUGUAAAAGGUUAGUUCAUUGAUGAUAAAAAAUGCUUAGCAGGAACUACCAUGCGCAUAUUUCCGAUGGGAAGUUUCUCAGUGAAAACUGAACACGGUCGAGUGCGCCCUCUGUUGAUGAAGAGAGAGGUGAAAAUGAAAUUGAAAAAAAAAAAGUACGAAAAAAGAAAUGUAUGUGUUGAUAAGAAAUGUAGGAGUCUGGCUGGGAAAGCUCUUCCCUCUUUCCAUGGCUGGAUAUGUUAAUAAGUUUCUAACCGGACCAUGACCGCUAUCGACCGCGGUACACUAUAUCGACUACUAUCGAUGUAUUAUCGACAGUUUUUCAAUUAUUGCAUAGUGAAGAUGAUUUUAUUAUUCUUUGAUAGCAGAAAUAUUGAAAAUACAGGUACUCUUCACCAAUAGCGCAUCCAGGAUUAAAUUUUGGUGGGGGGGGUGCAGUAUGUGGAAUUUGCUCUGUUUUUAAGAGAAGGUAAGCAAUAAAAUAUCUUAGGAGUAAGGGGAUAGAUUCUUACGCCAUCAACCGUGGAGGGGGCGGCUACCUCUACUCCAUACUGAGUUCAAUGGUUGAAAAAUUGUACGUAAACUGAUUUGUGGCAAACGAAACCAGAAGUUUGGGCAAAGUUAGAAGAAAGCUUCAAUAUAUUUUUAUUACAACGAUUAAUUCAUAUUAAAUUAUAAUGGGUGAUAAAUAUUCAGGGCGUGGUCAUUAUAAAGUUUUUAUUAGUGCCGACGUUUCAACCCAAACAUGUGGGACAUCAUCAGGGAGUGUUUCGAGCACUGAAGGUAUUCAAGUACUGAGUACUGAGUAAUUUAUCAUGAUAUGUAGAACAGUCUACUAACUCCCUCCAAUAAUUCAUAUUAAAUUAUGUUUUAAUAUAUUUAAUAUAAUAAGAGCUUUGUCAUUUUUUGCAUAGCAUUCGUCAGUAAACUUGUCUAUAUUCAGUUGUGAGCUUAAGAUUAAAGUUCAUUCAGACUGGAAUAUACCAAUAAAGUUUAACAACCGUAGGGAAAUACUUUUUUUCUGUUUUAGUUUUAAGUUCACUCGAGGACUGAAACUACAAGACUUUACGGUCAUUCCGAGAUUCCUUCAAAGGUUACACAGAUAUUAUUUUACUGUAAGGAGAAGACAUGUUACGAGGAGUAUACAGCUGAAGAACAGGUACUUGGGUCGUUAAUACUCAGUCAGAUGGCAAAGAGGUAUAAAAUCGAAGACGAGCAUGGAGCUAGAAACGUCCCCUCCAGAGGUGGUCGGGUCGUUCGCGAACGAUAAACUGACCCGCCAAAGCCAAUUUAAUCUGAAAGAAACAACCCCCUCUCCUAUAAAGUGAAAAUGUUUAUUUCCUCAGGUUACUAUCGAUUCAUAUCUCGCCUCCAGUAGUAGCUCCUUUCAGUAUCCUUCAACCUCUUUAAGGAUCAAUAAAAGACAGAACAUCCUUGAGAGUGUUCAAAGCAUUUUAUGGCAAUAUUAUAGUACUCGGGGUCUCCUAAAAAUAGUAUAAAGUACGGAUCUGAACUACAGUAUUCGUUUUACUGCUCAAAUACUUUUAAAUUCCUUAAAUACUUUUUAUGUUUUAUAGAUCUUAACAUAAUAUAAUUUAAAUGAAAUAAACAUUCUUAAGUGGCAAUAAAUGUUCGAAAUAUAUUUAUUGUUUUCAAUAAUGAACCAUUGUAAUCGAACGAUAAGUUGAAAACCUUAAGCCCCUCUCAAAAUUUGAGGUUUUACGUUUCAGGAUACGUAGAGUUCGAAAAACUUUUUGUUCGUCCGCAGUCCGCGCAUUUUGUCCGAAACUACAGGACUGAUUUUUUUUUUUUUCAAAUUUAGAUUUAAAAUCAAAGGUCACCCGAGGAUGAUCCUCCUUAAUCGACAUUACUAUCCGCCUUUUCCUAUCAAAAUGGCGGCCAAAAAACCAGCUUUACAAUUGUCAAUAGACUGUAGAGCCUGAGAGAAUGAACCGAUUUCAAUGAAACUUCGCUGAAGUCUUCUUCUCGAUGCCCUUUAAAUUUAUCUAUAUAACAUACUUCAACGAAAAGAAGCUGGAAAAAAAGUUACGAGGGAUGGUAAAAUUAGAUUCCGAAUAACUCAAAAAGUAUAAACUUUUUUGUUGAUAUUGUAUACGGUUAUUUAAAAUUUUUCGAAAUUUCGUAAAAACAAAAUAAAAAUCAUUAAAAUCGGACAAAUAAUUGUUCUCUAGAUGUUUUUAAUAUGUUCUACUGCAAAGGUUAUAUCGUUUGUUUUGGUUUUUGAUUUUUGUAUGUGUUACUGAAGUAAUGUUAUUAUUUUUCUUUAGUACAUUACUAUUGAUUAAAAAAAAUGUUUAGUCUAAUAAUUGGAAUCAUCUUUUAUUUCUUUUUCUUUGUCACCAGGAAGGUAAGGUUACUUUAGAUGUAUAAUUGUUUGGAAAUAAUAAACUAUUGUGAUUUGUAGCGUUUUUUUUUUUUUUUUUUUUUUUAUAGGAAUGUUUAUAAAUAUCUAAAUAAAUUCAACCUUUUAGAAAUGUGAACCUGAGAUAACAUUAAUGCCAGAGAUGAAGGUCAGGCGGGAAGCUGUGUCAAUCUACUUGGUGACGAAACCGAAUUCCUGAGAGCAACCCGUAACAAAAUAGUUCUCUUAGCAAUUUAACAACAUUCCAAAGAGAACAUUAGAAAAGAUGUCUACAGUUAGUCAACAUAUGAUUUAUAUUCAGUUCUCAACUGGUUUAGGACUGUUCAAUAACGAAUUCAGGACGAGAUUGCGCGUCCGUUACGAGUCCAAGAUUCGUUACGAAUAACUAAGUUUGAAUAAGUCGUAAGUCACAGUAACAACAUUAACAUACCUUUGUUACCCCAGAUAAGAAACAUAAAUAUUUAACAAGAAAUUACAGUAUAUUAUUGGGAGAUAGCAAAAAGCUUUGAAUCUCUCGAACAUCAGUAUAUUCUGUAGAGCUCCGCGAUAGACUGAAAAGACUAAUGAUUUGUAAGAUUUGUGAUCGAGGCCCCAAGAUAUUCCCAUGUAUCUCACCACUACACUGAGUUAAAAUGGUUUUUUCCCUCCUUCCGAAGACAAUAUUUCCUAGGUACGUUCCUCUACCAAAUCCUCAACAACCAUCGUCCUUCUUACGCCUAUAACCUUCUCCAGUUAAAAUCCUCUGUCCAUUCCCUGUCCACAAGAUCUUGACCUUCUAACCUUUACAUGCCUUCUCAAAGAUCUGAUUCAUUCCAAAACUCCUUUAUUGCUCGCCUUUAUUGCAAAACUGUCCUAUUCCAAUUCCUAUCCCAAAAAGAGUCAGAUAUUUGCUAACCAUUCGACAACAUAAAUUUAUUUCAUACCAUUCAUUGUCUAAUAUCAAUGCUAAAUAAUAAUGUAUUCAUAUAUUAAUCAGGCAUUUAAUAUUGUCAGAUUCAGCUUUCUGUUUUCUCAACAGAAACACAAAGCUUAUUUUAAUAAAGAAUUUAAUAUAUUUUUUAAUUCUUUACUGUUUUCUUAAAAGUGUAUACUGGUCUAUCAGUGCAAAUAGCUUUAAGUGUCUUGUCAUAGUGUUAAUUGUUUUAUACAUAGAAUGUUUACCUUAUAUUUUCGUUACAUUAUUUCUUUUAUGCCAUUGAUUUUAUUUUGGCCAGAUGUACUCUUUUAAUUUUGUUAUUCUCAAGGGACCGUGUCCCAGAAUAAAGUUAUUUUCUAUCUAUCUAUCUAUAUUACUAAUCAAUAAACGUUUCGCGAUUCAGGCAGCAAAUGGACAGCAAAAGAUAUCACGAAAUGUAAAUAUAUGUUGGCAAUUCUCACUUCAACAGUAUAAAAAAAAUAUUAGCCAAAUAAGAGUUCACAAAUCAGUCCAAGACAAAACAUGUUCUGUCAAGGAAUGAUUUGUUAAGGAAAAUAUUUAAACAUUUUUAUAUUCAUCUGCCUAUUUUUUUGUAUUUAGCUGAUUUCCCGUUAUCAGUCAUAAAUUUGCCUAUUUCAUGUAUUCGUUGAAUUCCUGAAUGAUCGGAAUACAUGUUUGCUAAAGUCUUUAGAAAGCUUUAAGUAUCUAAAACAAUUACUAUAGUUUUCUCAAGCAAUGUACAUGAAUAAUCAAGGUUCAUAGCAAUGGCUUCAGAUUUAAAACGCCACAUUUGCGAGAAUUUUCUUAAAUAAAAAAAUUGUAAGUCACUACAGGAUGAAAUCAUUCUUGAAAUUAUAUACGGAUUGUUCAUUCCAUUCGUUCAAUAUAUUAUAAGAAUUAUUCGUUCGAACCAACUAAUACUUAACCUAAAAGUAAUUAUGACCUUUUAGAGUUUUUCUCCACAUUAAUUGAUUUUAUAAUAUUUCCUUGAGUUUUUCCUUCUUAGUUAUUUUUUCCUUUUGAUGUAAUUACUUUCACUUCUUGGAACGAUAACCGUUGCAGAGAAAGGAAGAAGAGGAUAAUGGACUAAUGAGAAAUCAGUUGCUGAGAUUAAUCGAUUUAUUGUGGACGGGGACAGCGAGCAAUAAACCUAAUUGGCUUGGCUACUUCAUCAUUCAGCAAUGAGCUGUUCAUCCUAUCUCCAUGUCGCCACUCAAAUGUCUCUUUUGUCAUUCUUUUAUACAUAAUGCAUUCUAAUUUAAAAUAACUUCAUAUUCAUAACAAAAAAGAAAUAAACAUAAAAAAAAUAAAUUAUAAAAAUAUCAGAAUCAGCUGUUAAUAAUUUUAAGCAAUUUAUAUUAAUUUUUUUCUUAAAAGAAGAUUCAAUUAGAGUUGGAUAAAAUUUAAAAAAAUAGACAAAUAACAUUAAAAACAUUUUGUGAAAUAGUGACAAAUCGAUGUAGAGGUUAUAAUCCAUAAAUAACAUAAAAAUUUAAUUUUUCAUACUCGGUUGUAAAAUUCAAUCAUUUUCAAGAAACUCAUUAGGAUUUCCACAUCACUCUCUGUAUUCUGUAACAUUUCUUGGGUAGUUAAUAAUUACAAAACCGAUUAUAAUAAUAAUUGGUAAAUGGUUGACUGUCGUGGAUAAUGAAGAGAAGAAUAGUUGUAUGUCUUAAUUUUACUUGUUAUUUUCAUUUCUUAUAUAACUUCAUAUUUCUUUUUUAUGUUUUACAUUUUAUUCUAAGAUUCCCAUUUUGACACUUAUUUCACCCUUUUUGAUUAUACUUACUUCAUCAUUCCACACUUUGUAACGGUUAUUAUUAUUUAUCUCUUAGUUCUUACUAUUGUCAUUAUUCUAACAAUUUCAUUUUACUUUAUAUUUAUUUUUUUAUUUUUUUUUAUAUUUUUUUCUUCUUUUUUACCAUCACUACUUAUGUUUCUCAUACCUUGUUAUCUGGUUAUUUUCUUAGCCCUGAUGAAGGCCUGAACUUCAGGUCGAAACGUCGACAUAUGUAAAAAUAAAUAUUAUCAUUUAUUUUUGCCUUCUUUUUUGACUGACCACCCCAACUAUUCUUCUCUUGAUUUUAAUAAUAAUAAUAAAAAAAAAAUGUAAAGUUGACAUAUGUUUGUUAAAUUAUAUUUAGAUAAAAAGUUCUAAAACAAUGGCCAUCAUAUUUCAGAAAUAAAAAAUUAUGAGUGUUUUGUAAACUUUUUUCAAGAAGUGUUCAUCUUUGCUGAAAAUCAGUGGGUCAUUCCAGUAUUGGCGAUCUAUUCAUUCGACUGAUAAAUUUCAUUGAUGGAAUCAACGCUGGGUUUCGGAACUUGCCAAUAUAACUGAAAUACAGUUAUAUGCUACAGUCCUAGUUACCAGUUCCAGUGACAAAACGGAACUGACAGGUUCCAGUGACCCCCCCAGGAACAGCAUUCUGGAGCAAACGAGCUCUCUAUAUUGGAAACCAGAGUAAAUGCUCGACCUCGAAGUCUCUUUACUGUUGUUCUAUAUGGCCUUCAGGAGUGUCCUCUCAACCACUAUCUCAACACUACAAUAUAUUUAAAAAAAUAUUAAAUAUAACAAAAAUAUUUGUAAAAUAAAAUAUCAAUAGUCAUGUUAUAAUAGAUUAUCAAUUAUAGAUAAUUAUCAAUGAACAUGAACUCCAUGUUAAAUUAAAGAUAUUUUUUUAUUUUUAAUAAAUAUAUCAAAAUCAACUAUAUAUAGGUAUUCUUCCAAACUCUUUAGUAAGAUUGAUAUAAUUUACUCUAAAUAAUAUAUCAGAGACAAUUAAACCGAAUAAUGUACUACUACCGAAUGUAUCUUAAAUUGAAACUAAUCCAUGCACUCAAACCAGAGACUGCGCAGUUAUGUUGUUUUGAACGCAUCGUUCCUUAUAUCGCAGCUGUCUAAACAAUCGAUGAAAAUGUGGAAUGCACUGAGCAAACUCAUUCGUCCUUGUCGUUGCACUCGUGCAAAGAAUUGUAUUAUCUCAAUAUAUCAUGCUAUUAUCAAUCUGUUUCAAUAAUAACUCUAUUUGAUAAUUCUUUGAUAGCCUGUAAAUGUAACAUUUGCUAUCUAUCUAAUGAAUUUAUCUAUUGUUUCCUGUUUCUGUCCAUCAUAGUUAUAUACUGUUUUUUUUGGGGGGGGGGAGGGGUGGGGUGGCCAAAUGGGCUAACGAAUGAGCACAGUACCGUGUGUUGCUCGCCAACCUGAUAGAAAAGUAAUUAGGACUUUAAAUCCCGGUACCCGCUGGGAUUUUUAACCCGACCUAAUUCCUAGCCAUCUUCCUCUGCAUGGGAAAACCUCCGUGGAGUCUAAUAGGCAAGAAAGGGGAGGACCUAUUAAUCUCAGAGUCAUAUUUUUAUUUUUAUUUUUUUAUCGUUAACAAAAGUUUAUUUUUGAUAAUAAUGCAGCAUAAUCAAGUUAUAACGAAUAAACUUUAAUAUUAGAACAAAAAAAAUUGAACUAAUAUAACAACGCAUCACUGUAAAUACUAAGUUGUACGUAUAUAGCGAAAAGUUUCAUUAAUUUUUUUACUUCCCAAAUUAGCUAUACUCAUGUUGAAAUUGAAGUGACAUUAAAGUUGAGAGCUUCCCGAUUUUUACGACUGGUAGAAACCCAGGAGAAUGCUUAGAGAAUCUGAAAUGACAUAGAGGUCAGACCUACAGAUAUAAGUGCUGUACGGUACCCGAAGGUUCGAAGCCGGCCGCCGGAGUGAUUGUAACAAUCAAAGUACAAUAAAAGUAUGCCUCGCCAAGCGAGCAGAGGCAGGCAUUCGACUCCUUGCCGCUACAAGAAGUGGCGAAGCGAAUCUCAAACGAGCCGUACAUUGUGUCUACUACAUUUUUCUUUACUUUUUUUUUUUAUGGCCAUCGUUCUCUUCAAGUCACUUAAGAAAUGGUCGUCGGUUAUAAGAAGAAAAAAAAAAGAGAAUGGUAUGAAGAGAGGGAAAAAAAAUCUGCAUUCUUCUAGUGCGUUCUGUGACCUUUGAAGGAUGUGAAACUAACAUAGUACCACUAUCUUGAAGGUCUAGAUGGAGAAGUGUCGGGUAUCCAGGACCUUAUCUUCAUCACCUUCGCGGACGCUAAGGUCUUUAAAUCUUCGGCGGGACUGUGGCGGGGCUUUUACGACCACGCCAGAGAAAUGUGGGUCGCUUCAAGCCUUAUAGCCCACACGUCUAGGCAAUAAUGGAACUAUAAUAAAAUUCUACAUUCCUAAUUGUAUUUGCUUUCAAACAUCUUUGGUAAUAACUGUUUGCAGUACGGCACACUUAGUACUUCAAAACCUAACAAUUAUAUAAUAUAUAGGGAAUUGUACAUGACAUG